CCUGGGCAUUGUUCCUGGGUGAAGGAACCUUCUGCAUGGACCUUGCAGGAAAGCAGGUGACUCUAGAGUCAUGCCUGCCCGUUUGGUCAAGGUUUUCAUUAUCAGUAAGAAACCAGUGAAAAGGUCCAAGUGCUGCUUGGUGCCAAGAGAAGGAAGGACAACUUCUUGGGAACAUCACAUGCCAACAAGAGGAAUGUUGAAAGCAGAGGGCCACCGUUCCUGUCCCAAGGAAGCCAACAAGGAUGGGGUGAUGAAGAAGAAAAGCAGCUUUGGAAAUGCAAAGCGUCCACAGAAGUUCUUCCUAUAUUCAUUCAGGGCCCUCUCCAUGCCUGGCCGCCCCUAUCAGGCUCUUCCCAGUUCCUUUCUUGGAGACUAUGACAGCAGCAUCCGCUAUGCCAGCACCAGGACCCCCAAGGGACCGUUCUCUGAAAGUUCAGGGUCACCGGAACAAGAAGGCUUCUUCAAUCUGCUGACUCAUGUGCAGGGAGGACGUAUGGAUGAGCAACGCUGUAACAUUCAAAUUGUACAUGGCAAGAGUGGCUCAGAUCCUGAAAAGAAGGACAGCCCCAGCCCACCCCCCGAGAUGGACAACUUCAUGGAAAUGCUGGCUCAUACACAGAGUCGACGAAUGGACGAUCAAAGGGUCAGCUUCAACUACCUUCCUGGUUUUCAGAACAGUAACACCAGCAGCCUAUCAGGCUCCGGGGCCACCAAAAAAUGAGAUCCUCUCCAGCCCUGCUUGGGAAAGCAACAGAGAGACACCAAUGUGAUGCCACCAAGCAUGCACGGUGCCUCUCACUCAAGAUCAUCCCCUCACUGCUGUAUCAGCCCUGCACAUUUACUGUACAUGCUGUGAUUCUAAUAAACAUGUCCAACCAUU